CUCCACCAACGCACACACGCCACGCACAAGAGGCAAGAGGAGAAAUUCCCCUUCCAGCCAGCCCUGGCUAGGUUGACUCGUGCGCCGAGUCCCAAUCCCCGCAACAAUGUCGCAUCCCGACCCCUCCUUCCUGGUUAAGCUUGUGCCAGGGCCAGGGCCAGGGCCAGGCUUCCAACCCCACCACAACCGUUUUGCGAGGCUAGACCACGAGGUUACGACAGACGACGAGGCCGCCGCCGCCGCCGCCACCGACUCGCGCUCCGGCCGUCCCGGGCGGGUCUUCAACGAAAUCACCCAAGCCGUCGAGGACGACGCCGGAUCCACCUCCCGCCUUCCGGAUCUGGUCUUAAUCAACCAGACCGGGCGCAUCUCCGACCGCCGCAACGCGACCACCGCCGAGUGCCGCACGGGGAAGGGCCAGUCCGUCGCGGUGUCCUUCUGGCUCGUCGAGCCCCCCGACGUCUCCUACUUCUCCGUCCACUGCCCCGGCCUCGAGGAGGACGACUUCUCCGACACCCCGCCCUUGUUCCUCUGCGCCGAGGGACCUUUCGUGCUCUUCUGCGUCACCCUCAACGUCCCCGAAUGGAGCUCCGUCCACCACUUCGUCUACUCCGCCCGUGGGAUCCCCGGAGGGAGGCCGUCGCUGCACCCCCUCCCGGACCCAAAACCCAGGGUCGAAGCCUUCAUGAGCCAACAGUUUGGCCUUUUGCCUUGCGGUGACGAGCAUUAUGCCGUGGCCUUCCUCCACCACGAGUGGGAUUCUAGCGAUAAGGAUUGGCACUACUAUGUUCACAUCUUUUCAUCCGAGGCAAAGGCAUGGAAGAGAAGCGACGAGGUCUUGCUCCGCUUAUCCAACUCCGAUCAGUUAUUGUUUGAUAGGCAUGCAAGCUCCAAGCAAAUCACCGUCGGAGAAAGCUCGCUGGGCUUGGUUGAUCUCUUGCGUGGUAUUCUUCUUCUGAGCAACCUGUUUGACCAGCGUCCUGUCAUCACAUACAUACAGUUACCUUCUGAAAUGGCUUGCAUCACUGAUAGGGACGGUUAUCCUUACCACGCCCCGGAGUACUCCCGUGAUAUCACCUGCUGCGGCGAUCUGAUCAAGUUUGUGGAGGUAGAAUUUGAUGAACCUUCCUGGAGGACCAAUGGUCAGGGUUGGAGAGCCACCACAUGGAACAGGAAGGUCUCCUCGAAUGAUUGGGCCAGGCACCACACAGUUGGUGUUGCUGAAAUCUCAGUUGAACCAACUUACUCGUUAUUGUUGCCUAAGCUUUUGAAUGAAGACACCAAACAGCUGGAAAUUAAGAGACUGAUAUUCCUCAUUCCGACUUUGAGCACGAACGAUGACGAUCUCCUAUACAUGAUGUGCAAGGUGAACGAGGAAGACGACACGGCCUGGGUCAUCACUGUUGACAUGAAGCGUGCAGCUCUUAAGGCACUAGUCCCGAUCGCCACCAAACCAUCCUACUCCAUUACAACUUACUGCCCGUGCGCCUUUCCCGAGUACUACUUCGACAUCACACCAGGUACCUCACAGAGAAGGCGCCACAAGCAGCGGCAAGGACCGGACCAAGGAGGAGUAGGAAUAUUUGAAGAGUCUGAGAAGCCGGGCUAUUGGGGUGGCUCUACUGCCGAGCAAGGUGCCGAGAAGGUUUGCUACCGAAAGAAACGAAGCCGUGCAAAGAAAAGGCGCCACAAGAUUUUCAAGCCCAGUAACUUUUGGGGGAAUGUGGCUUCAAACCGCUGCAUGCUGAUGUCUAUCAGCAUGUUGGCACUUUGCUGGAUGGUCCUAAUCGUCUUUGGAGUAUGGACUGAACCAGCCAUCUCCAACGUGAUCCUGCGGUCCAUCGGAACCAAAGUGGAUGCGGUCUACAAAUACUACACGGACAAAGGAUCUUAAGAUGGAAGAUCUGGCGGUGAUGAUGAUGCUGGCUUAGGGUUUUUCUCCUGCUCUUUUGGCAACUUGCCGGUGACCUAAACAGUCCAUUUCCCUAUCUUGAAUGAUGGUUCCGGCUGUGGCUAACCGCUAACGCAUGAACAUGCAUGAUGCUGUUGUAGUGCUUUCCGUGCAAUAUGCCACGAACAACAAUGCCCAAUCACUUGCUCGUUGCAUGUUAAGUUAUUCCAUUUCAUUCGUACGA